CUGGACACAGGCAAUGCCUCAGUUUAGCUGAGUUUAGCUACAGAGCCUCAAAGAUCGAUGAAAUUAGUCUCAACGAUAGACAUGAUAUUAGCGUAUGUGUAUUCUAUACGUUUAAAUAUUUAACCAGAUAUACAUGUAUGUAGAUACUUGGCGGGUAGGAAAAGAAUGACAUAACCAAAGGAGGCGGAGUUACAUGGAAGCGAGAACCAAGAGAUUGUUUCCCUUCGACGAGGAUUUUGUCGCGAACGACCGAGGGAAAAAAUUUCAAGCACUUGCCAGUGAAAUGCGGAGCAGUGUUAACGGCAUGUCUGAAAAGAACUUAAUAAAACGUGCCACAGUGCAUUCGCCGGAGGCCUCUAAACGCGCCUCGCUCGUCGACAAGAUGAGACCGACGAGUAUCGCGGCUUACGUGGGGCAGAAGCAAAUCAUUGGCCCGGGCACUGUUCUGCGCCACUUGUUAGAAAAAGGAGAGAUUCCUAGCAUGAUAUUCUGGGGCCCGCCUGGCUGUGGAAAAACUUCCUUGACAAACGUAAUGGAGUGUUUAAGCAGAGAAUUAACGAACGACAGUGUGCACACUGUGAAUCUGUCUGCGGCCAGUUGCGGCGUAAAAAGUAUAAGGGAUGCUGUUGCCGUGGCGAAGAGGAAAUCAAACUUCGGAUGCAAGACCAUUGUCUUCAUGGACGAAAUUCAUUGCUUCAAUAAACUCCAGCAAGAUAUAUUCCUGCCACACGUAGAGGCGGGAACGUUUACUUUAAUCGGCUGCACCACCGAAAAUCCGUCGUACAGUCUAAAUCCAGCUCUGCUUAGUCGCUGUCGCGUGUUUGUGUUAAAUAAAUUAACGAGCUGCAAUGUAACGGAGAUCCUUCAUAGGGCGAUAGAGCGCAUAAACGGUAGCGCGUUUGACGCGAAAGAAGAAGGACGGGCAAACGGCAGAGAGCAGAUUAAAUUUCACUCCAACGCAAAACGUAAAUUUCACGUUGAUGAGAACGCGGUGCGGUGGCUCGCGGGAGCAUGCGAUGGCGAUGCACGCGUAGCUCUGAACGCUCUGGAAUUAGCAACGCUCGCGAAGCAAGCGGACGAAUCGAGAGCAUCACACAGUAUAGCAAUAAAUCUGAAAGAUGUUAAAGAAGGUCUGGUAAAAUCGCAUACGCUCUCUGAGAAAGAAACCAAUCAGAGUUACCACAUGUACUCCGCGCUUCAUAAAUCAAUAAGAGCCGGCAAGGCAAACGCCUCCCUGUAUUGGAUGGCAAGGAUUAUGGCAGCCAAGGAAGAUCCGGUGAACAUAGCGAGACGGCUAGUAAGAAUCUCCAGCGAAGACAUUGGUCUGGCGGAUCCGGACGCUCUGGGCGUGGCAGUUCAUACGAUGCACGGCUGUCAAAUGAUUGGCAUGCCAGAGUGUGACGUGCUCUUGGGACAAUGCACGGUUUACUUGGCGAAAGCACCGAAGUCUCGGUCGAUAUACAAUGCGCUAAAAGCAGCUGAGAAAAUGAUUUUGGAAUGUGAAGGUCCGCAACCUGCCCUGCCAACGCACACGAGAUGCAACUCGGCAGAUACAAAAAUAUAAUAAAGUUUACUUUCGUUGUUCACUUAAUCAUUACGAAUUUGUAGUCUUUUAUAAAAAAAAAACUGUUACCCUUUUUGUACAGCAGUAGUUUAAUAAACCAAAA